GAGGUGACGAAGUAUCAUUUUAUCAUACCAAAAUAUCGGGAAAAGCUUCUUUAUAUGUUAAUACAUUUGAUUCAACGACUUCUAAUAUGAUGUUGAUGAUUAAAAAUGAUGCACUUCCUAAAACUCCUGAUGAAGAAAUAGAAGAACCUCUUGAUCCAAGAAAUCCUCAAUUACUUUCAAUCGGUUCGAAUGUUUAG